AAAGGGUCCACACGGUCCUCGGGCCGUACAAAAAGGGUCCACACGGUCCUCGGGCCGUACAAACUCUUCACAACCACAACAAUGGCCAUUAAUUUAGUGAAGAAAUUUUUAAGCUUGAACAUUUCUGGCGUCACAAGCGGCUCUUCUCUCCUGUCCAGCAAUACAGUCGGAUGGUUGACAAGUGCACGGAAUGCCAGUAAGAAGUCAGGUGGCAGCAGCAGAAAUAAACCUGGGCGUCCUAGGGGCAAACGUCGUGGCAUUAAGAAAAGAGAUGGUCUCUAUGUCACCCAAGGAACAAUACUUGUCAGACAGCUUGGACUGGAUUUUUAUCCAGGGUUAAAUGUUGGCAUAGGGAGAGACAAAACACUCUUUGCCAGAGAACAUGGACGAGUUGUGAUGACGACGGAGAAAGUGAAUCCCAACUGGGAUCACCGUUUUAUAAAACUUUUCUAUGUGGAUCACGAAAUGCACGAGGAUGUACCGGUUUACAAAACUUAUUUCCAUAUUUUGACGGAUCCACAAAAUAUGACCUUUAAACUUGUUGAUCAAGUAUAAUGGAAAUUGUGCGGUGGUAUAUUGUAGUAUAUCAGGUAUUGUAGUUCGGUUUAGUAAAACAUUGUUUUGA